AUGACUGAGAGCCAGGCAAACCAGCAAGAGGAGGUACUAAGGCAGUUUGACCCGCUUCACCAGCGUGCUAUACCGGACAAGGAUGCCCAAUUGGCACCAGUGAAGAAAGACGAUGAAAAAGCUGAAGAGGAUGACGAAGAGCCAUUUUACGAUUUCCAAAAGUUUGCCAAGCAGUUGCAAAGUCCUGAGGCAGAACCUAUAGUCAAAUAUACUAAGUCAUUUUUAAGGAACUUCCACACCCAGCGGGUACUUUGGGCAGCUGCAGAGCAGCAGAAAUUGGUCAAUGACUUUAAGGUAUUUAUUUAUGCCAAGUUUCUAGAGUACGAGCCAUUCAAAUCUCUGGAUAAACGAAACUUGAGGAAUGCACAAGAGGGAAUGGAAAAGUUAGUGAUGGGCAAGUUGUACAAUCGUUGUUUCUCGCCCUGCUUGAAGAGGUUAGAAAACGACCUUGACGAAGGUCAUAAGACGGACCUGCAAAACGACCGACUGUUGCAGGAAAAAGUGAGAGAGUUCGCCUUUGUGGAACCUCGAGACUUGGAUGUCCCAAGUCUGCUGGCCGAAAGGUUAUCGAAAUUUGUCAAGCUCUCCGGCGAAGAGCUCGACAAGAUCAAUCGAUUCAAAGCUCCACGAGACAAGAUGAUUUGUGUGCUAAAUUCGUGCAAGGUCAUAUUUGCAAUUCUAAGACACCACAAGCUCGAGGACAAGGGCGCCGAUAGUUUCAUUCCGCUACUGAUCUUCACAAUUCUCAAAGGCGAUAUCCGUGUCCUUGUAUCUAACGUACGAUAUAUCGAGCGGUUCCGGUACGAAGAGUUCAUCCGCGGUGAAGCUUCCUAUUACCUAAACAGUCUCGAAGCAGCCAUCAACUACAUCAUGACUCUCGAGAAGGACGCACUGGCGGCAACAGCUGACGAAACUUUCGAAAACAGGUAUCAGGAUAACCAACAGCGCAUUCAGCAGACCCAAGAAGCCACCGGAUCAGAAGAAGCCGUUACCGCCCACAAGUCUACAACUACACAAAGUCCGCUUCCAAGCGAAUAUAUCCUACAUCCGCUCGACGAAGUUACUCAUGCCGUGAUCCACAAGUUCAAUGAGCUCUUUGCGCCAGCGCCAGCGCAACCACAGCCCUCUCAAUCACAACACGAUCAACACGCAAUCUCGGCAGAUACCCUCGAUGUGGACACCCUGGCCCGCAAGAUCGAGCAACAAGAGCACGCAAGCACUUUGGACACUCUACAGUCGAUGUUCCCCGAAAUGGACCGCGAAGUUAUCGAGGACGUCUGCAUAGCCAAGAAGUACCGUGUAGGAGCCUCCGUUGACGUCUUGCUGUCCCUAUAA